UUCGGUUGCACUGGACGUUGCCCGUCAACUUUUGCUACUCGAUGAGCGCUGUGCAAAGCUAGUCAGCUAACUACAUAACACAUCCACUUUUAAGCUAGUUUGUCGUCGUGUGUGGGGGGCAUUUCUGACUUUUCUAAUUCAGCUUGGGAUUUGCAGUCGUCAACAAACCUACACAUUUCAGAAGUCACGAGGAGACUCCAUUUUCGUAAGCGACUGACCAGGCUAGCCAGAAAGACGGCGGAAAGCUAGCUGGUUGUGUUGCUAGGCUAACUUUCCCUGCCAGGCGAACGAGAGCAAGAGCAAGCGGACAGCUUGCGAUAAAUUGUUUAUCUGUUGAUAACAUCGUUGACUACAGAAGACUCCCGGCGUUACUUUGACCUGUGUGAUCGCAGCAUGCUGAUGGUGGGAGGCAAUGGACGGAUACACUAAAAUGAGUGUGAAGGAGCUGUGUGAGACCGAUGAUCUGGCCACCGGUUUGGUGCUGGACCCUCUGCUGGGCUUCAGCACCCACAAAAUGAACAUCAGUCCUCCACCAGAGAUCAGGCGUUGGGGUAACCUCAAAGAGACCCUGUUGCGAUUUCAGCGUACGCAUGACUUCAAUGCUACGUUCGAGGCGCUGACAGUGGGUGAACCGGCUGGCGACUACUUCAUUGCUUUGGGAAGCCAUCGACAGGAGCUGCUGAGACAACAUGUGUAUCGCUACCUUGGUGCCUUCCUGUUGGAUAGCGGUGUCAAGAUAGAGUCCUGUGACAGAUACUCCUCAGAGACCAACGGAGCGAAGAUAACCUCGACGAGGCAAUGGUUUGCAGGGGAGCGGGUGGAGGUCCUGCUGGGCUGCAUAGCAGAACUGAGCCCCUCUGACAGCGCUGUGCUAAGGGCAGGAGUCAAUGACUUCAGUGUGAUGUAUUCCACACGCAAACGCUGCGCUCAGCUCUGGCUGGGGCCUGCAGCUUUCAUUAACCAUGACUGCAAACCAAACUGCAAGUUUGUCCCUGGGGAGAAGAAUAUUGCGUGUGUUGAAGCGAUUCGACCCAUCUCACCUGGGGAGGAGAUCACGUGUUACUAUGGUGCCAGCUUUUUUGGGGAAGGCAACGAAAUGUGUGAAUGUUGCACCUGUGAGAGGAAAGGAGAGGGUCACUUUAAACACAGAGGGAAGCAGCCUGAAUGUGAAGAAACAAAGGACCCGGUGGGGCAAAAGUACCGUCUGAGGGAGAGAUAUCUUCGUCAUCACAGAGAGAAGGGUCACUUUGCUACAAGGCCGAUAAUACCAGGAAUACACUCAGGUAUCUUUAAAGCCAUCCCCUCAAGGAAUUCCUUUACCCAGCAGAUGAGGAGAAAUGCCUUGAAAAACAGAAAAUUUUGUCAAACAAAGAAGUGGAGACGAGAGAAGCACAGACGAUCAGGCAAGCGUCCAAUAAAGUCCUCCACAGUCAAACAGUGGUGGACAGAUCCUCUUUUGUACCAAUUUACUCUGAAGGACCUUAGAAUCACAGUACAGCGCCACUCAGUGGAUUUCUUACUCAACUGUAAGAAUCCAAAAAGCAAAGAAAGGGCUUUGCUGCAACAGCUGGAGGAAGUGAAGCCAAAAGGGCUGAGUGAACUGAAUUUCACUGGAGAGGAAAGUAACAGCAGUGAGGUAAACUUGAAGCCUUUCACUCUAAAUUCCUCCAUGUCAGUUCAUCAGAAUAGUAAACCUGCUGCAAACAGUGCAGGCCUUAAUGGGAAAUCUGUCAAAGUGGUGGACAGGCGGCCAGUUCCCAAGCGGUACUCUUCGAGGACAAGAAGCAUGGUUCAAACCAUGCUAGCGCCUCAAACGGGGUCCAAUAACACAGCUAACACUACAACUGUUUGUCACCCUGUCAAAAAUGACAAAACCUGCAGUGCAAUACAACAAGAGGAGAUUGAAAAUGCAAUCACCAAGAGUCAAAGCAACAAGUGCAGCAGCAUUGAAUCCUGCAUCAUCGACCCGGCUCAGAGCCCAGCCGCUGAGCAAACGGAGCGAACAACCACUUCAUCCAUGCUAGAAGUUUGUCAGAGUGUCACAGAUGUAACAAAGAAAGCUGCUGACAAUCCACUAAUAUCACUGAAACAAUACCUCACAGUCAACCUAACAAGGUUAUCAAUGUCACAAAGUGUAGAAGCAGGAAAGACCCCUGAAGACAGGAAAAGAGCAGUGAAGUUAAGAGGUAGGACCAGGCAAAGCCGGUGUCUUAGACCAGCGCCCCUGAAGGUACAGUCCGAAAAUAAAGGGUCCAGAUCUCAACAGAGGCAGGGGGAAAGUUCAGAGAUCUGCACAGCUGAAGGAAACAGAGGAGUGAGGGAAAUGUUUUUCAAGGCCACCGAUAAAGUAAAUUUAAGGAAGAGACAAGCACGUGGUUUAUCCCACAGCAAGAAAGGGGGGUGUGACAAGGUUAUCGAAAUACAAGCAGUGUCGGAAGAAAAAGACAAUUUACAGAAGAAGCAGCAGGAGAUUAUAAAAAGUAACAUUGAAGGGCAGAAUGAAAAGAGAAAUGCUCUAUCUGUAAUUGUGCAACAUAAAAGUAUCGAGGCCCUGGAAGAAGUGUCCAAAAGAGAAGAGUCAGAAUGUACAAUAGUGCCCAGUAAAAAAACUAGAGGACAAAAUAACAUCCAGUGUGUAAAAAAUAAAGUUGGAGUUGUUAAAUUACCAGAACAAAUGACUAUGAGUGUGACUAAACAGCCACUAAGUAGUCACAAAGAAGAAAUUAUCAUAAAGCCGGCAAAGGUUCUGCUAUCUGAUUUUUUAAGAAAAAAUAAACCCUUAAUAGAACAGAGAUUACACGGAGAUAACAUAGGAAGAGGGUUUUCUACUUCAGCCUCUAAAGAAAUGCAAAGUGCUGAGGAGAAAGAACAACCGAAAACAAAUGGAGGCAGGAACAAUUGUUCAAUGCAGAGGAGGAUUAUGAUACGACGUAAAAUGAGGCCUAGAGCAGCGAAAACAAAAGCAAAAGCUAAACAAAGCACCAAGGGACACUUGAGCAAAGAAGUCCCAGCUACAGUGAAGAAGACUUUGUUGAGUAAAGACAGUUUGCAGCUUCAGUCACCACAGAGGCAUAAUGAGCCACCAGCCAACUGCCUCAACUCACUACCUCAUAAGUCAAUAAUUUCAGCAAAAUCUACCACUAAUCUGCACCCAGAUACCAAUCCACAGGCACACAUCCAGUCCAACAUCCCUCUGAAGAAACGUACAUUUCACAGUUCUGUGGAAGUAGACUCUGAACAAGGUUUGAAUUUAGCUGCAGGUCAAGCAUCUAAAGAAGCCACAGAGUUAAGUUCAUCUGCAGAGCUGAGACAGGGCCUUGCUACGUGUUCAGGGGAGAGUAGCAAGGUGAAACGAGAUUUUAAAGGCAGAUUUAGGCGAACAGAAGUCCAGAGGUUAAACCCCCAAAGGUUAACAAAACAAACCCCCUUUAGGAGAGUGCUUCGAUCCCGAGCCAAUGAAGAUCAGCAAAGCCUUUUAUUGAAGAAAGUUCAAAAUUGUAAAUUAGAGAGGCAAGAUGAGGAUGACAUUGACAAGCUUGCAGAGGACAAACCAGCUGAGGAUGCUGCUAAAUUCAAAGAGCAGCUUGGCAAAAAUCCAACUCCAAAUAAAUUCCCAAAGGAAGAUGAGGUGGAAACGUUAAUCCAACAAAGUGGUUUGGAGGAGACAAAGCCAGGUGUCGAUUUUAAGAUUCGUUUUAAGAGGAGGAGAGGGAGAGUAUGGGAGAUGCAAAGAGCAGGAUUGGAAAACAUGGAACUGAAAACAGAAAAGGGAGAUGAUUUGGUGACAUGCGACCCUUUUAAAGCUAUCAUGGAUUCUGUAUCCGUUUUAAACAUGGAGAUGGAGGCAGCUCAGGCACAUGUGCAGGCUAGUAAGAAGUCAAAGAGCCGAUUGCAUCGUUUGAAAAAAAGAGGCGAGAGGCUGAGUAAAAGAAAAACCACCACUGCAUCCUUGGAUGCAAAAUCCGACAAAGACCUUGAAACUGUGUGUGGAUCCAGUGAAAUGCCCGAUGACAAAUUAGAAAUUAAAGAAAAGCUCAAUAAGGAAUUUCAAGAUGGAGUCAAGCUGCUGCCAGAAAAAAACGAGUGUUCUGAAAAUGACAGUGCUAUGUUAGCUGAAGGGCCAACAAAAAUUGAGGAUUGUUUUGUAAAGAACUGCUGCUUGUUUGAAACUGGGUCACAACAGAAACUGCAGCCUGAAUUGGAUUCAAAUGGUCUUCCGUUACCAGUAAUUAAACUACGCCGAAAGACAGAUGAUAUUUGGGAGGUGGACAGCAAAGAGAGGCUCAUACAAACUGAAUUUAAGGUAGAGCCAAAAGUUAAGAAAGAAAUGAAGGGUUACGUUUUAGGUAAACAAAAGAAAGGAUGUACUGAUCUUAGCAAGCUCAAAGAAGAGUUCCCUUCACAGAGACUGAACUGCACCUCAGCCCUUCUGAAAACUGAGCCGCCACCAUUUUCCCUGUCUCUGUCACCACUGUCUCUGUCUUCCCCUCUCAAUGACAAUAAAACCGAAGUUAUAUCCCCGGCUGCAGAUGCAAUCACCGAAAGGCCAGAGAUGAACAGCGGAGGAAGGAAACUGAGACACAAAAUGGAGAGACCACGGAAGUGUGGGCCUGUAGAAACACCCACUGCUUGUCUUAGUCAUACUCUCCAACAAAUUGACAAUAGUCUCUCUAGGCUCUCUGAGGGCUUGUGUUCAUCUCAGACUUUGGAAAAACCAACAGCGUGUUCCAGUGCUUCUAAUUCUGUCAUUCAGCCCCCGUCCCAGUCUCCUCCAUUCACAACCGCUGAUAACAUGCUUACCGGUGAGCCCAACUUCACAAACUGCUGUGAUGAUAUUCUGGAUUUUCAAUGUCUCAACUUUGAGGGGUAUUAUCAGCCACAGAACAUACUUCCAUCUUCCCCAUCAGAUCUGUGUUCACUGGAUCCACCUACAGAUCCUUUCAGCAGUCCCCUCUCUCACAGUCCGUCUGAUACAUGGACCACUGAGACGCCGUACCUUGGCCCUCCCAGUCCAGGAAAUAACUUUACCAGUGAGGAUCUGAAUUUUUUCCCAGGUCUAAUUUCUUCCAAAAGUGAGUCGGUUCCUCUGGAAUGUGAAGCGAAGGAUACCUCCAAAGACAGAAGUCUACCCAACCCCAGUUUCAGUUUUUCAGCUCUCUGCAACUCUGACUUCACUGCUAAAGAUCGAAUUCUAAGUAAAAAUCCAGGAAUGAGGCUGUCCAGAGAAGACCUCAGGACUCAGUCCUUUCCUGUAGUCAGUAAGCCUCAGUUGUUUGCUGCACCAUCUUCUGUUACAUCUCACACUCCUGUUACUUUAACCCAGCCGUCCAUCAAUGUCAAGUCAAACACCAGUCAAUCAAAAGCCCAGGUGAACAUUAAAACCCAGGGCCCCUUCCAUUGUAUGACCAUUCCUAGUAAUAAAUCUCGGACGUUUUUAAGUGGUCAGCCAAACACAAUAAGAGGAGUACCCCAGAGUUGCUUGACUAAAUCUGUCCCGCAAAUUCCAAUGUCCAACAAAUUUCUCUCUACUCAACUCUUCACUGUGAAAAAUCCCAAUCCUCCUGACCAUCCAUUCAAAUCCCAGGACAAAACCUCAACAGUUAUUCACAAGGUGCUUAAGUUUCAGGACGGGAACCAGAGUCAGAACUUGUACAGUGCAUCUUGUAAAGACACCAUGGCUGCUGGCAGCCCAAUCGUCGCAGCCAGAACACUUGGUGCAAAAUCAGGUGCUAUUGAAAAGACCCAGCAGAGUCAGAAACUAGGUGUUGGCACAGACAGUCGUCAUAAAGGCAACAUUUCUGUUCAAGGGUUUGAAAAAGGUGUUGGCCAUCUUGGUUCGUCCAGCAAGUCCAAUCCACAUUUCAACAAACCUCCCUCUUUCCCUCAGUCUUUUAUUAAAAGUAAGAUGUCAUCUGACAAACAUGAAAGUGUUGAAACCAACAUGACAUACAAAAACUUUUCAGCGCUACCAAGACCCUUCUUCUUUCCUAGCAAAGUGUGUGAUGGUUAUUCAUCCCCACAAGACAAGAAAUCCACUCACUCGACCUCGGACAAGCACCAGCCAUGUUACACUCAGCAAGACCCUUUUGAUUUUAGCUUUGGCUCGUCUCUGUCGCCCAUGCCUCAGCACAGCAACCCCCAAGUAACCCACAGUACAGCUCCUGGUACGCCAGCACCAGCAAACAAGAGUCAGUCCUCCACCUCCUCAGCCUCUUUCCCUUACGGCUACCAAGGUCCUCCAUACGUACUGAACUUCAGUGGUGAUCAUUCAUUGACCCUAGGUCUCAGGGAUGGGCCUGAGGGUUACCCUGGAUUAGGCUCAACAAACUACACCUACCAUUGUCUAAUGGAACCUUCAGGCACCCAAGGCCGACUGGUUCUGGAGCCGUGUGGGCCCCAGCCGCCUAACCCAGCAUCUUUCUCCGUGGGUGGAUUUUCAGGGCUCAAAGGUCAGGACGAACAUUGCAGGAAGGACAUGCAGCAACAGUGCCAGCCUGGGGAACACCAAGGCGCACCACACUAUGGACCUGUUACAUCGUCUCACUCCAUGGGUUCCACAAAACCCAAGAGAGUGAGGUUAGUGGUGACAGACGGCACAGUAGACUUAGAUCUCCAGUACUCGGAUUGAUUCAUACCAGCCGGAGUCACUGGAUCCCAGAAUAUAUUUGGAUGUUGUUCUGUUCAAGGGGGAUCAUACAGUAUCUGCCACAAUAUGUUUUUGUAAACACUGUAAUUCAUAGUCUACCAAUUAUUAAAGCCCGCUGACUGAUGGACACAGCUUGUACAGAGUUUUAUGUCAAGCGGGCGUAUCAGCGCGUUUUAACUACUGUAUGAUUUACGAAAAUGAAUAAUAACCAUUACAAUUUGCUGAGAAUACCAAAUAAAAAAUGCAUUAAGAAAACAAAGCAUUAAAUAUAUAUUUGUGACUAGGAGUCACAAAUUGAACUUCCAUGCCCCGUAAACAUUGAAGGUCCUCUUACUCUACUUUAACAUAGCUGUAUAACUUUUUCUAUACCUGGAUGACAGUAGCGAAAGGAGCAGCAUCGUUGGUUGGCUGCUGGUCCUUGCAUUGGUUGGUUUUAAAAAGGCAGCUUUGUGCCUCAGUCUUUGAUAUGUUCUAGAGACUUUUUAAAGCACAUGUUGAAACAGCUCACCCUUGUUUUUAUACUCACAUUGAGCUCUUUUCUCACUUUGUGUGUAACAAUGUGUUUAUGUGCGCGAGUGUGUGCAUGCAUUUGGCAGGCAAACCUUGAGGGAUUAAAUUAAGGUGUGUUGUUACUGACCAUGUGACAGAUUUUAGUAAGUUUAUUAGCCGUUAGUGCAUAAAUGAAAGGCUUGUGCAUGAGCGGUGUACAGUAAGAUGAUUUCCUGACCUGAAACAAUAUAUAUUCAAGGACAACUCUACUGGGUAAAGACAUGUGUGACAUGAGGUGCAGUUGUUGUUGUUUUCUUUUACAGCUGCUCUUUAGAGUUUUAAUGUGGAUGAGUGGGAGAAACUGCAAUAUGUUUGUUUUUGUUUUCCAGGCCAGUUGUGCUUAAUGAGAGUUCUUCCAGUUGGAAACAUUUAGAUAUCACCACCAGAAAAGUGACAAUCUUUUCACAGCUACUCACUUUUGUCAUUUAUUUAGUGUUAUUGUUUUUCAAAAUAAGUUAACUGUUAUACAGAAAGUACAGAAUGAUAAGUUAUGCAUCACCUGCAAUAGCUACUGUUAUUUCGUUGUGGCUGAUGGAGCAACAGUUAUAGGUGUUUAUAUAGUCAGCAAAAACUGAUUUGCUGUCGAUUGUGGAAGUCACGCGAGCAUUCCCACUCAUGUUACGAUGUACUGUAUGUUGAACCCAUUGUUCAUCAGUGGGCAGGAGUUUUCAGUGUGACUGCACAACCUUACAUUAUUACCAUGAAAAUGUACUGUCUUGAUAUGGAAAGGCCAAUUAUUUAUUUUAAUAUCCUCAUCCUUGAAAUGGUGCUCUAAUGUAAUUUAUAUUUCACCUUGAUUGUUCAAACAAUUAAAUGUUUUUUUAUCAUUAUUUAAUGGGACAAAAUACUGAACUGAAUAUUUCCAUUGAGUAUUUAAUUUCACAGCCUUUGACAUGUUGUUCAGUUGUUACAGGUAAAAGUUUCUCUGUCUUUUUUCUAAUUGGCAGUUAGUCUUACUGAAACUCUGCUGUAGAAAUGUACAAAUGUGGCCUAUAUCAUUAAAGAAACUUAAUUCUUUU